CUACAGGUGUGUCUUCAUUGUUCUUAUUCAGUGCUUCCCGCUCGUCAUCAUGAGGUGUCUCUCAGUACGGUAGAAUUAGUGAGCAUUAUUUUUUGUUGGCACUAAGUGACUAGAUGAUCGCUGGAACGAUCAUUAGUUCCAUUUCUGGAACCUUAAUUUUCUCUUUUUUCCCUUCUUUUCUCACUUUCCUUUUUUUUUUUUUUUUUCCUUUUCUCUUUCCUUCCAGACUUGCCGAGUUUUCCAUCUUGAUCGACUGGCAAUGUUAUAGUACGCGCCUGUUAAAGCAAGUGCGCUGGCACAUGAUAAGUCAGAUUUAGGGUGAUACUUCCAAUCGAAAAGGUAUCAUUGGAUCACUUAGGGAGAGACAAAAUCUAACAAAGGUUUUGGGGAGUGCUUCG